CAACACAAAACCAGCAUGAAGAACAAGUAUGAGAGCUUUGUUGAGGGAAGCAAACUACAAGAGACUCAAACUCUCCUGAACAGGAUCUACACACAGCUCUAUAUCAUAGAGGGAGAGCGUGAAGGAGUGAAUGAAGAACAUGAGGUUUUACAGAUGGAGAAAACACACAGAACACAACACGCACAAGACACCUCAAUCAACUGCAAUGACAUCUUCAAACCCUCACCUGAACCAGGAUGUGAGGAGAAAGUCCAAAUCAAGACUGUCCUUACUAAAGGCAUCGCUGGAAUCGGGAAAACCGUCUCUGUGCAGAAGUUCAUUCUGGACUGGGCAGAGGGAAAAGCCAAUCAUGAUGUAGAUUUCAUGUUUUUGCUUCCAUUUCGAGAGCUAAACUUGAUUGGAGAUCAUCAGUACACUCUUCACAGGCUUCUGCUGGACUUCCAUCCAGAACUUCAAGAUCUGGACUCAAAGAUAUAUAAGGAGUGUAAAGUUGUGUUUAUCUUUGAUGGUCUGGAUGAAAGCAGAAUCACACUGAUGUCCUCAGAUGCUCAGAAAGUUUGUGAUGUAACUGAGACUUCAUCAGUGAGUGUGUUGAUGUCAAACCUCAUGAAAGGAGAGCUGCUUCCCUCUGCUCUCAUAUGGAUCACCUCCAGACCAGCAGCAGCCAAUCAGAUCCCCUCUAAAUACAUUGACCGUCUGACAGAAAUCCAAGGAUUUGAUGAACCACAAAAGGAUGAAUAUUUCAAGAAGAGAAUCUGUGAUGAGUGUCAAGCCAACAGAGUCAUCUCACAUAUUAAAAAAACAAGAAGCCUCCACAUCAUGUGCCACAUACCUGUCUUCAGCUGGAUCUCAUCCACUGUGCUUCAGAACAUUCUGAAACAAGAUCUGAGUGCAGAAAUCCCUCAAACUCUGACUGAAAUGUACAUCCAUUUCCUGCUUACUCAGAUCAACAUGAAGAAUCCAAAGUAUGAAGAGACACUCCUGCACUCUAACAGAGAAGUGAUUGUGAAACUGGCUGAACUGGCUUACAAACAGUUGAUGAAGGGCAAUGUGAUGUUCUAUGAGGAGGACUUGAUUGAGAGCAGCAUAGAUGUCACUUAUGCCUCAGUAUAUUCUGGGAUUUGCACUGAGAUCUUUAAGGAGGAAUCUGUUAUUAAUCAGAGGAAAGUCUACAGCUUCAUUCAUCUAAGCUUUCAGGAGUUUCUAGCUGCUUUCUAUGUGUUUUACUCCUUUGUAGUCAAGAACAAGGAAUUACUAAAAUUGUUUGUUGAAAAAUGUAAAUAUGAUAACGACUCUGAAUAUGACUGUGGUUAUAAUAAGCACACGCUUGAUGAGUUCUCUCUGUAUGGAUUGCUAACAUCAGCAGUUGAUCAAACUCUUCAAAAUGAAAAUGGGCACCUGGAUCUUUUUCUGAGGUUCCUGCUGGGUAUUUCAAUGGAGUCCAAUCAAAAACUCCUACAGGAUCUACUGACACACACAGAAAGCAGCUCAGAGUCCAUCAGAGAAGCCACACAGUACAUUAAAGAUGAAAUCAAGACAAAUGACAGUCUCUCAGCUGACACAUCCAUAAAUCUGUUUCUCUGUCUGUUAGAAGUUAAAGAUCAGACUCUGUUCCAAGAUAUUCAGAACUUUGUGAAGUCAAACAAACACUCAGAGAAUAAACUUUCUCCAGCUCACUGCUCAGCAAUAGCCUACAUGCUUCAGAUGUCAGAUGAGGUGGUGGAUGAGAUUGAUCUUAUGAAAUACAACACGUCAGAUGAGGGAAGAACGAGACUGAUACCAGCUGUGAUAAACUGCAGAAAAGCUCUACUUGCUGGAUGUGGUCUCUCUGAUCAGCACUAUAAAAGUUUGUCUUCAGCUCUCCAACCAUCAAACUCCUGUCUGAGAGAGAUUGACCUCAGUAACAAUGACUUGCGGGAUUCCGGAGUUAAACUGCUAUCUGAUGCACUGAAGAGUUCACACUGUCAACUAAACACACUGAGACUUGCUGGAUGUGGUCUCUCUGAUCGACACUGUGAAGGUUUGUCUUCAGCUCUACAAUCAUCCCAUCUGAGAGAGCUGGAUCUGAGUAACAAUGAUCUGCAGGAUUCGGGAGUGAAGCUGCUUUCUGCUGGUCUGAAGAGUUCACACUGUCAACUGAACAUUUUGAGAUUGGUCAUCUGUAAUCUCACUGGUAGGUGCUGUGAAAGUUUGUCUUCAGUUCUACAAUCACCAAACUCUCGUCUGAAAGAGCUCGACCUCAGUAACAAUGACCUGCAGGAUUCUGGAGUAAAGCUGCUAUCUUUUGGACUGAAGAGUUUAUAUUGUCAACUAAACACAUUAAGGCUGUCUGGCUGUAUGGUGACAGAGGAAGGCUGUGGUUGUUUAUCUUCAGCUCUGACUUCAAACCCCUCACACCUGAGAGAGCUUGAUCUGAGCUACAAUCACCCAGGAGAUUCAGGAGUCAAGCUGUUAUCUGAGAUACUCAACUAUCCAAACUGCACACUAGAAAAACUCAAUGUGGAUCAUGGAGGAGAGUUCAGGAUUAUAGCAGGACUACACAAAUAUGCCUGUGAUCUCACAUUGGAUCCAAACACUGCAAACACUCAUCUCAUUAUUUCUGAGGAGAACAAAAAGGUGAUACAUGUGAAAGAGGAUCAGUUAUAUUCUAAUCAUCCAGAGAGAUUUGAUGAGUGUAUUCAGGUUCUGUGUCAAGAGAGUCUGACUGGACGCUGUUACUGGGAGGCUGAAUGGAGUGGACCUGACGCUGAUAUGUCAGUCACAUAUAAAGCUAUCAGCAGGAAAGGAGGGAGUGAUGAUUGUUGGUUUGGAUGCAAUAAACAUUCUUGGAGUCUGAUUUGCUCUGAUUUUGGUUUUACUGUUCGUCACAAUAAGAAGUUCACUGUCAUACGUGUCCCUUUGCGCUCAUCUAAAAGAGUAGGAGUGUAUGUUGACAUGUCUGCCAGCACUCUGUCCUUCUACAGCAUCUCUGACACAUUCACACACUUACACACAUUCAGCUCCACAUUCACUGAACCUCUCUAUGCUGGUUUUGUAGUUUGUGAGGGUUCCUCAGUUUCUCUGCGGCAUCAUGUGAAAAGCCUGUGA